AUGUUAACCUUGUCUUUGUAUUUUUGAUAUUGGGUCCAAAUGGUACACGGACAAAUAGAAAAGUGCAUACACAGUAAUUAUAUUGAAGGAGACGAUUCGUGGGCCUGUCUGGGUUUGUUCAGAAUGCGAUGUUAUGACUGACUUAGAGGCUCGAGUGUAAAGGCAUAGAAUUGGAAUUGGCUUUGGUCCCAAGGUAAAACAGCAUUGUUGUCGUGUACGAUACAUGAAAGCUUCCUCCCAAAAAUAUAAAUUAGAAACAGUCAGGAGGACGUUUGGAAAGUAGAGGUCACACAGCAGGGCAGGUCAAGUACAAGGACCGACUCGCGCGCGCGCGUGUGUGUGGCUUGACCCGGUGCGAGGACCUGAAACUGGACGUGAAUGGGCGGCUAAUCGAUGGUGUUUGUGCCUCGUCUUCAUAACUAGUCCUGGUUGUUUCGGGGGAGAAUGAGAAGAAGAGAUGAACUUCAGAAUGCAUCGCCCGGCGGAGCGCUUCGCUCCACGGACCUGUCGGAGCAGCAGCGCAAGAGCAAAAUCAUUUCCAUGGUUUAUGUCAUCACCACCUUGGAUGUCACGUGUAUGUUCCUGCAGUUCUCCAUAACCCCGUAUCUGGCCAAAAAACUUGGCUUUGACACCUUAUGGCUUGGAUAUCUGCAAACCACAGUGGGUGUCAUGCAGCUGAUCGGGGGUCCCAUAUUUGGGAGAUUUGCAGACCUGUGCGGCGCACGGAUGGCUUUGACACUGGCGACAGCUUCGACAAUCGUCUUCUUCCUGCUUCUUGGUGUUGCCGCAAAUCCCUACAUGCUCUUCAUCCACAAAUUCCCCACCAUCUUCAUGCAUGUAAUGCCUACUUGCCAGAUGGUCCUCGCUCACCUCACGGAGCCGAGCCAGCGGGCUGAUAAAUUGGCUAAAAUGGGUCUCUGUUUCGGCAUCGGCAUGAUCGGUGGCUCCACGCUGGGCGGCCACAUCAUCGCACACUACGGGGAGAGGACUGCUUGCUACUUUGGCGCUGCCGGCAGUGCCAUCAAUCUGCUGCUGGUGCUGCUUUUCAUUCCGAAGACGACCAGAGCUCAAGAUUCCCAGUCACCUGCUGAACCUACAAUGCAGAAACAGUCUGUGUUUAGCCUCGGAGAGAUCACCAGGCUGAUGAGGUUCCCAGGAGUGACCCCCACUUUCCUUGUGAAGAUCACUGCAGGGUUGCCAGCAGGGAUCUUUCAGGUGAUGUUCUCCAUCAUUGCAACGGAGUUCUUCCUGCUCAAGCCGGAAGAGAACGGCUACCUGAUGGCGUAUUUCGGAAUCAUCCAGAUGAUUGUUCAGGGCGGCGUGAUCGGGCGGCUCACAGCCAGAUACUCGGAGAGCUCUUUGCUGCUCUGCUCCAUCGCAAUUUCUGCCUUUGUUGGACUGGGACAGGCGUACAUGACGACUGUGUUCCACUUCUGCCUCACCGUCAUCCCCAUGAUGUUCUCGCUCAGCAUGUUCAACAUCAUCACCGAGAGCAUGCUCACCAAGAGCGUGCCCUCAACUGACACUGGCACAAUGGUGGGACUCUGCGCGUCCAUCCAGUCUCUCCUCCGCACCAUUGGACCAACUGUGGGAGGCUACCUGUACGAGAACCACGGCGUCUCCUCUCUGGGCUUCUUUCAAUUUACAGUGAACACCGCCGUCUUCAUCUACCUGCUGCAGCGCCGCCUCAAAAAGAAAGUGGAAUAAAAUUGACAUCUAUAGGCUUUGUAAACAUUUCAGUUUUAGGCGAUUUUAAUUCCGAUUUUAUCAAAAAUGAUUCCUGAAAUUGCGUCAGUCCAUAUCCUUUCAACGUCCUACAUGCAGUUGGCCACUAGAUGGCACUAAAUCAUACUCUUUCCUGAUGCUCUUCUGAAGUGCACUUUAAACGCUAACACUUUUUAAGAACUUAAAAUGUAUUUAAACUAAACUUCUUACGUAGACCUGUGGCAUUGUGGUUUUAUAUGCUAAGUCUGUUUUUCAAUAAACCUUAAGACCACUA